CCUUUGAAAUAUUUUGUGAUGAACAAGAGAAGGAAAACUUUAGCCAUGAUGUCCUCACAGCACCACCUGCUGGAGACAAAUACACACAGCAGAGAUUAAUCAGAUGUAUUGAAAACAUAAAUGAUGUGUUGUAGCCUCAAAGCUUCACUGUUGGAGAAACGAGAUUUCAGAGCAUUCCCUGAAGGCACCAUCGGGAACACCAACGGUUUUUCCCCAGUUUGUCUGUUUAAACCGGGUUCAAAGUACCGUUUCCAGCAGUAAUUUACCACAAACACCGUGUAUAAAAGCGAUAAAGAGAGUUUAAAGAACAAGAGGAGAACAUGGCGGAAAUGAUCAGCGCUGAGGAGCAAGAGAGGUCGUUAUUUUUGGUUCAAAUUCGGUAUUUGGAGGAGGAGCUAGAGAGAUUUAAGCUGGCAAGCGAAGAGCUGGACAAGCAGAACCAAGAGCUGAUCUCAAAUUACAACCAGCUGGAGAAGGACAAGAGGGACAAGACCGAGCGUUUGAAACGCUUUGUGGCGGCGAAAGAGAAGCGCAUGGAUGAGCUGAGCGAGGAGCUGCAGACGCGGCUCCUGCUGGGGAAACGCAGCCGAGAGACGCUGAAGCAGGAGCACAGCAUCACGAAGCAGCAGCUGCAGGAGCAGAUAGACGAGGUUCAGGCAGAGAUAGAGCUGCAGACUGUGACUCUGGAGGAGAACGAGGAGCGCAUCAUGGAGCUGAGGCCGCAUGUGCCUAACAUAGAAUCAGUAGAGGAGGAGCUUCUGAAAAAGAAAGCUGAGCACGACGCUUUUAUUACCCAGCUGAAGAGGAACUCAGAGCUGGCGUGUGAAACGCUGAUCCAGCACUUCCAGGACUACAAGGAGCACACGGAGAACUGUGAAGCCAACAAGCUGCUGGGGACGGCCCGAGCGCUGCACCUGGAGCAGACCGAACUCGCCACCUUCCUGGUGAGCGAGCAGGGGAUUCUGAAGGAGGAGAUCGCUGCCGUGAAGAAGAAACAGAAACACAUUUCCUGCACCGGCCGGGGGCUGUGCAGGAAACUCACCUAUCUGAGCCACCUGAGAAACUUCAACGAGCAGGAUGUGAAGCUUCUUAAGAAGACGUUCCUGGAGCUCCAUCAGGAAAAAGAAGAAAGCAUCAAGAACCAGGAAGCCAGUCUGACUGAGACUGAAGCUCUCAGCCAGCAGGUCAACAAAGUGCAUCAGGACUUCCAGCAGAGAGUGGGCGACAUCCAGCGGCUGGAGAAGGAGCUGGAGAAGGAGACGAUCAGGAGGAGGCAGCUGGAGGGAGUGAAGGACGAAGCAAAGGUCAUCCUGAAGCACAUCCUGGAGGGUAAGGAUGACAUGUCUGUGGCUCAGUGGAAGAUCCUGAGGCUGGUGGAGAUCCUGGACCGAGCAGCGCCGCAGAACCCCGAGCCGACCGCCAGCAGCUUCCGUAAUAACCCCAGAGGAGUCCGGAAACGGCACUCCUGUUACCCAUUCAGUUCCAGAAAUAUGAACCCGUCUGGUUCCGACCCGUCUGGCUCCGUCUGACCCGACUGACCCGACUCCUCUGCAGUCACAGACUGGUACCGGCUCCGCCGGGCCGUAAGCAGGAACGGUUUAACGAGUCGCAGGUCCAAUAAAUGUUCCAUCCAUUUUGUUCCUGCAGGUUUGAGUCUGUAGACAGAAUCUGCUCCACCUUCAGUUCCUCAUCACUUCAUUUAUUAGGACGAGAAUCUAAACGCGACUUAAAUGAGCAAAUUAUUUAAAAAAUAAACAGAUUGUGAUAUAGCAGCUGAUUGGAGCGCGUGUCACGUUUCCCAGCCAUAUUCUGAAGGGACAAUAAUCCCAAACACACAUUAAAACAGCUUUAUGUCGGAUGAAAGAGGAUUACAUUAAGCUUCUGGAAUGGCCCCGGUCUCCAUCCUAUGGAUUGGCCCCGGACAGCCGGGUCCGUUUCUUAAACCAACCUUAUACUAAAUGCUAUUUGUAGCACGUUUAAUGUUUUAGGCUUAACUGUCUUUUAGUUACUGGGUUUAGUUUAAUUGGCUCAUCAACAAGAAAUUGCUUCAGUAAAUCAUUAAAAGCCAAACAUUAGUAAGACGUUCAUGCCCUGAAUGAAUGAAUGAAUGAAUGAAUGAAUGAAUGACUGAAUGAAUGAAUGAAUGAAUGAAUGAAUGAAUGCUUUCAUGCUGUUGUUAAAUGAUCAGAUUUUUCUGACAUUUUAAAACUUCUUUGAUCUUUAAUGUGACAUUUAUUUAGAGUUUGACUAAAAACAAACACAUUGGUUAGAGGAAAACUAAAAUGAGAUAAAAUCUGCUACAACCUGACCGCAUAACUUUACACUUCUUUUAUUACUUUGUUAAAUAUUUUAAUUAAUAAACAGAAUUUCAUGUUC